CUACCCCCGCGCGGCGGCGCCGCCUGGGCCGUGAGGGGAUGGAGGGAGGCGGCGGGGCCGCGGCAGCGCCCGAGGCGGCGCCGGUGCCAGAAUCUGAGUCUGAUCCGGGAUCGGGGGCCGGGCUGGCGCUGGGGGGGGCGGCGGCGGCGGCGGCGGGAUCCCCCCUCGGCUACCUGCACGUCCUGUGGCAACGGGAGGAGCCCGCGGGCAAGAUCCCGGCCCGCCGCCUGCGCAGGGCCGCCCGCCUCCACCGCCGGCUGGGGCCUACGGGCAAGGAGAGCCACGCUCUGAAAAGGCUGCGUGAAGCUGCCAAUAGCAAUGACUUGGACACAGUGCAGCAACUCUUGGAGGAGGGAAGUGACCCCUGUGCCGCGGACGACAAAGGCCGGACAGCCCUGCACUUUGCCUCCUGCAAUGGCAACGACCACAUCGUGCAACUGCUCCUGGACCAUGGGGCUGACCCCAACCAGAGAGAUGGGCUGGGAAACACUCCCUUACACUUGGCUGCCUGCACGAACCACGUUCCUGUCAUCACCACACUGCUGCGCGGAGGGGCCAGAGUUGAUGCCUUGGAUCGAGCUGGCAGAACCCCGCUACACCUUGCUAAGUCAAAGCUAAACAUCCUGCAGGAAGGACUUUCCCACAGCCUGGAGGCCGUACGCCUUGAAGUGAAACAGAUUAUCCAGAUGUUGCGGGAAUACCUGGAGCGACUGGGGAGGCAUGAACAAAAGGAACAGCUGGAUGACCUCUGCUCCAGGUUACAGAUGACGAGCACAAAGGAGCAGGUGGAUGAGGUUACAGACCUCCUGGCCAGCUUCACGUCGCUCAGCCUGCAGAUGCAGAGGAUGGAGAAGAGGUAAUGGGCUUCCAAAUGCAUCUUCCUGAUGCAGCAGGAGAAAUCUUAGAGGGCAAAAGAGGGAGCUGAAGCUUGCUUCCCAGAUCGCUGAAUAAACUUUGCUGCCAGCGGCCAUUCCUGCCAGAUCCACGCUCUGGUGGUGCUCAGACUGAUCCUGUUCGUGCUGCCACAACUGCCUCAUGGGGGGCAGCAGGCUUUGGACAACAGAGAUGACAGACAAUAGAGUGCUGCAGCUGAGACCUUUGGAAAAAAAUUGCUGCUCUUCUUUUUACCCGAUGAGCUGGCGCUGAAUAGGAUACCCCUUCCAGAGCUAUUUUGCCUUCUCCUAACCACUUCAGCUUGACGUAGGUGGUGGCUGAUGCCAUGUGCAGUCACCAGCCCUGACUUGUGCACUCAGCAGCUGGCCAACAUCACAGAAAUGCUUGGAACGGGCACCUUUUGCCACCUCCACAGUACUCGGUUGCAUGGGGUAGAAAGUGGAUGCCUCAGACAACAGAAGGCUUUGUGCUGUGAGAAGAACACACACUUAAUUCUGCAUGCUAGCAGCUGAGCAAACAUACUGCCUCAAGAAACAUGCCCUGAGGCUUAAUCCUAACCUUCCCCAGAGCCCGUGGUCGGAGGGCAGAGAAUCUGUGUGGCUACAAAUGGGAUACAAAGCUUUUUAAUCACUAGACUAACAGCUUUCAGGGGCCCUGGUUUUUAAAUCACUGCUGCAAGUUAGUGAUUAAAUACUACAGUGAAACAUUUGCAAAGAAUACCAGGGUAGACAGCUAGCAGGUCAGCGGUGCCCUGAUGCAAGAAUAAGGUUUGGGGGGGUGACUUGAUCCUAGUGCAGUUUUAGGCAGACAUCUGCAUCUUGCAAAAAAAAAAAAAAAAACAACUCCACCAUAAAUGAAUUUUGUGUUUCCUGUUACUGGCGGUCUUGGGGCAAGAGGUCCAGUUGCAACUGGAGGUGAUGUGUAUUCAGCUGUAGUAUUAGGCUGGGAUGGAGGUGGAUUUACAGCUGCCUCAGGAGCACCAGAGCUGACCCGUACUGUGUUUCUUGCUUGUCAUGGAGAGGUGCUGCUCCAGGACCUUCAGUGCAGCGUGAGGAACGAGCUGUGACCUCUGCUGGGAGCCUGAAGUGGUGCAGCUAUGAAGGAUGCAGGGAAUUGCCCUUGCUAAUCUCUUGCUUCUGCCCCACUGUGGUUAGUAACGCAGAUGUAGCUAGCUUUGUUUUGGAGCUGGGAUCCAUAAAUCUUGUUGUAGGGUGCAAAUAGCAGCAGGGUGGCAAGAACAUGCCCGAUAGCAAUCAGAGUUCCCACCUCUGUGCCACACCUAAAUGACACGGUGUGCUGGUAGCGAUACCCACCCCACAACUUGGGAAACGCUGGUUUGGGGGUGUUUAUUCUUAGGGUUCAGCUUAACCAUGCGACAGCCACAGUCUGGAGCGUUCUUCAGAGGCCUUCAGGUGUUCUCUAAUAUUUGGCCUCUUGUUCAGGAAGAGGCUGAGCGGACCUCCACGUUCAAAGCUGAGAUACCAGAAAUACUCAUGACUUUUAGGUGGGUUCAUCCGCAGGGUGGUGGAGGCCAUGACUGGGACUAACAGUCUCCAGUUUGGCUGGAGCUGUCACUGUGAAUACCGAUACUUCGCUGCGAUAUGCUGGAUGGGAAGGAUACUGAGGGGGUGGGAGACAACCUGACCUUUUUGUAUUUUGAACUUCAAUAAAAUCCCGUCAACCUUU